GACAGGAUGAACACCGCGGAUGGCGGCUCCGCAGAGCGUCACCUCGCGCCGUCUGGCUGGGUCGGACCAGAAGGACGCGCGGGUGCCCCCUUCCCUGGCCAGCAGCCAUAGCGGGCAGAUCUCCUUCACUAGUUCCCCAUCGCCAGCCAGAGAAGGGAAUUCCACCAUUCCCCCCAUGUUCAUGACGGCGGUCGCGCAGAUUCAAGCGCGAUCGCAGGCGCUCUUGCGAGCCGCUAUAGCCAGCGAGCGAGCUAAGCUCUGGCCUAAGGCAAUAGAGUAUUAUAGAAGACUGCUAAGCUGCUUGAGUCAAAGGAAUUUUCCUAUACAAUAUGUUCCUGGUCCUACCUGUAAAUUGUUGGUGUUUGAAACAUAUUAUCAUAUAGGUGUAGCUUUCCAAAGUAUGCAUAACCAUCAAGAAGCUUUGGAAGAGUUUUCUUUUGCAUUAGAAACUGCACAUAUUCCCAAGAACGUCUGUCAAGUUGGUUGUGCUUCUGGGUCUUUCUAUCAGAUACCUGUUCUAGCAAGGAGAGCUUAUUCAUAUGUAAAAUGUGGCAAGAUUAAAGAAGCUAUACGUGAUUCCACAAGAGCUGUUAAUUUAGAUUCUUCAAAUCCUGAUGUAUACUGUAUCAGAGCUCUUGUAUGGAGCUCAGCAAAAGAAAAAAGGAGAGCCCUGGUUGAUUUGAAUGCUAGUUUCAAACUGAAUUCAUCUCAUAUUUGUACUUUGAUAUUAAGGGGAGCUAUUUUAAGCUCUUUGGGUAGCCUGCCUUCAGAGAAAAAUAAAGAUCAUGAAAAGGCCUUGGUUCUCUCUUGGGACAGUAAGGAUUUCUGUGAUGUGGAAGACUUUUAUCAUCCUAAAAUGCUCUCUUUCUAUGAUAAAUUCUUGUGGUCUCUAAAUGCUUUUCACACCAUAACAGAAAUCAACCUCUUUGAUGGAGCUACAUAUGCAGCCAAUUCAAACAUAACUAGAGAUGUGGGACAAUCAAAGAAAUCAUUUAGAUGUGGAUCUCUUGCAACAUAUUCCGACAAUACAUCCUUAGAAAGAAGAAAAGUAUACACAGAAGCAGUCAGGCAAUCAAGUAUAGGACUUAAUGUGAAGAAAGACUCAAGUUCAUUUUCAUCAAUAACACGGGGAUCUGGGAAGAAAGACUUGAGUUCAUCAUUAACAUGGGGAUUUGAAGAUGAAGAAUCAAAGAGUUAUGAAGCAAAUGGAACCAGGAAAUAUUCAAAGAAACCAUCAAAGCCAGUAGACUGGGUUUUGUGAAGAACGAAUCACGUUUCAUGAUGUUAAGAAGAAUUCUUAGGAUUUGUGCAGUGCUGUUUCACAAUGUGAUGACAACAUAAUAAAGGUAUAAAUUCAUAGAGGAUAAACACAGCUGUUUGUGGGCACAAAGGAAACUUGUUUAUAAGAAAAGGAACAAUCAGCAUCAUCAAGUAUUUGAUCAAUUAUAUUAGAACAGAAAAAGAAUGCAAUCUGUGUUGACAGCAAACCUUUUUAUAAUAGUAUAUUUACAUCAUGUGCAUCUUAUUGCUUGUCACAAUGCAACGAGACACAAGAAGAAGUUAUAUAAUCAUGAACUGAAAUAAAUCACUGCAUGGAAGAAUA